CUGCUUCCGGCGAGGAGGUGACUUGUAUGUACUGUACCCCCAGUAACACAACCUCAACUCCUCAACUUUCCCUCAACUUCCCCUAUUGUUUAUUUCUAUCCUAUGUCUAUACCUAUCUUGAUUUUUUUCUGUUUCUUUUUCUUUUUUCUCCGAUCACUUCGGAAAGAAAAUACAAGUUUCGUCAUGACUUCGUUUAGCGGGUUCGGCGCGAGCGAUUGUCCAGUAUCUCAACGACACAUAUGGCAAGGACCGCAAACACCCAACCAACCAUCCGAUGUCAAACAAAUCCUGGAUUACCCUCAGCUCAUCGGUCGUCCGGUUUUGUCUGUCCACCGCCCCCUGCCUGUGCCCAAUCGCCCCGUUGGACCGCCAGGCACGGAUAAGCGGAACCACUAUCGGUCUGUCCCCUGAUGCUGGCUGGGAUGGUCGAUACCCACCUACUUCUCCUACUCAGGCUGCCACCUCUCCUCCAAGGUUGCCCUCUUCC